GAAGAUGGCAAAAAGAAGAAGGAGAAGGAGUCUAAAUCAGACAAGUUCUUCAGUUUUCUCAUGAAGUGUUUGGAAACAGCGGGAAUAACCUUUAGUUCCAUUGCUAUCCUAGGUGUUGCCGGGAUCGCUUAUCACAAGUUUUAUGCUUCUCACGUAUUGUCAAAAAUGAACGAAGCUUUCGAAAAUGGAGAUCCAGCUGCUCAGCUUGCUAUGCACAAAAAGACCCACGCCAUCGCGGGGGACUUGCCUGAAGAUGCUUUCUGGGUCGAUAGACCGCAGCAGAAGUUGCUUGACGAUAUCAUCUCCGGUAAGAAGGUAGGAAGUUACUAUUUAGUGGUAGGAGAAAAAGGUACCGGAAAGACAUCUUUGAUCUUGGAAGCCAUGAAAAAGGUCGGAGGAGAAAAUGUAACCGUCUUCGAUGCCCACGCUGAUCCAGAGAUCUUCAGAAUUCGUCUCGGUGCCUCUUUGAACUUCACUUUCAACGAAGACUACAUUGGUUCCUUGUUCUCGAUUAGAGGUCCUCGUGACACUACAGCUUUACUUGAUAUAGAAAGAGCUUUCAGUAAGUUAGAAGAAUUGGCAAUGUUGAGAGUAGCCAAGAUUCAUCGCCCUUUGGUGAUGAUCAUCAACAAUGCCCAUUUGAUCAAGGAGAAUGAAGAAGGAAUCAAGUUGUUAGAAUUGCUUCAACAGAAGGCAGAGUCUCUCAGUGGUUCUGGUUUGUUGACGAUAAUCUUUAACAGUGACGACUACUGGGUUUACGAAAAAUUGAAAAAGCUUGGAACUAGGUUAGAAGUGGUGAACGUGCGUGAUUUCAACAGAGCUGAGACUAUUUCUGCAUUAAAGUUCAUUCGUCACAGAUACUUUCCUUUACCUAAAGACCAGUUGACCAACGAGCAUUGCCACCAGGUGUAUGAUUUGAUUGGAGGAAGACCUCAACACAUCACCCAUGUUGCCAGACAUGCCGAUAUAAUUAAGGCAUGUCAUGAGAUCAUCGACAGAGAAAAGACAUGGUUCCUCAACCAGUGUGGAUUGUUGGGUUCGGACAUGGACGACGAUGUCAUGGAAGAAGGAAAGUUCUCUGUCAGUGCCAUGUUGUUGAUGAAGGAGUUUGUCGAUAUGGAUCGUGAGCGCAUGAACACCUUGAUCACCCAUAAAGUCAAAUCUGGCCAUGUGACCACCAAAAACCACGCUGACUAUAGAGACCACCACUUGCCAGAAUUGCCUUUGUGGAGAAGCAGACAGAUUAUGACAAGGUCUGACUACAUCCAGCAGUACGAUAACUUAAAUAUUUUUACGAUUGACUCUGAUUCGCGAGUCAGGGCAGACUCUGUGCCCAUGAUGAGAGCAUUUCACGAAAUCUGCUCGCAGCCCAACUUCAAACAAUUGCUUGAUGAUAGCAUUCAACGUGUAGCUGAUGUGGAGGCCUUGGAGAGAACAAGAGAAAUCGUGGCGAAGGACUUGAACUUGGGCAGUAACUACCAGUUGAGUAAAGACGAAGUUGUAUACGAAGUGGGCAUAGUUAAGAGCCAGAAACAUGUAGAGCUUCAUGGAGAGUUCGGUGACGGUAUCGGUGAUGACGACGACGAUAUCGACGACGAAGAUGACGAGGAAUUGUACAUGGAAGAUGUCGACAGAAGAGCCACGAGAAAGUGGUGGAAGAGAAGAAUGGCUGGUUUUGACAUGACGUACCUU